AUGUGGUUCGAGAUUCUCCCCGGGCUCGCUGUCAUGGCCGUGUGCUUGCUCAUCCCCGGCAUUGCCACCAUGCACAUUCACAAGUUCAGCAAUGGGGGCAAGGAAAAAAGGGUAGCCUAUUAUUCAUAUCACUGGUCUUUGAUGGAAAGAGAUAAGCGAGUCUCUGGAGUUAAUCAUUACUAUGUGUCAAAGGGUUUGGAGAAUAUUGAUUAAGGAAGCACUUCCUGGUUAAU